UAAUCCUCGAACGCUGAUAUGAAUUCGAAAAAGAUCAUCCUGGUCAUCGGGGCCACCGGUGCACAGGGCCUCGCGGUAAUCGAUAAGCUGCUUGGACCCUGUGAGGACGGAACGCCGUCGCCGUACGCUAUACGUGGUUUGACUCGCGAUCCAUCCAGCAGACGCGCAAGAGCCCUCGCCGCGAAGGGUGUUGAACUUGUCCAAGGGCGCUUCGACGACUUCAAAGCCGUCGCUUACGCUCUUAAGGGCGUGUACGGCGCAUGGAUAAAUAUUGACGGCUUCAGCGUUGGCGAAAUGAAGGAAGACUUCCUAGGCAUGAGGAUCUUCGAGCUGGCCGAGCAGGCUGGUGUCAAACACUACGUCUGGAGUAGCCUAGACUACGCUUCCAAGCUGGGUCACUGGGAUCCGCAAUACAAAUGCCAGCACUACGACGCGAAAGGGCGCAUCGCAGACUGGAUGAAGGCGCAACCGUCGCUCGUGGGCGAUAAGACCAUGUCUUGGUCCAUCGUGACUUCCGGACCUUACAUGGACAUGUUGUUCAACAUGAUGUUUGGUCCGUGGAAGAAACGCGAAGAUGGCACCGUCGUAUUCGUCACGCCCAUUGGCAAGGGCCAUGUCCCGAUGAUCGCCCUCUCCGACCUCGGAUGGUGGGCUCGAUACACCUUCGAUCACCGCGCCGAAACGUCCGGCGUCGAUCUCAAAGUCGCGAGCGACUGGGUCGGCUACGACUACAUCAAGAGCACGUUCGAGAAAGUAACGGGACAAAAGGCAGAAGUGAUUCACCUCCCGCUGGACAAGUACUUCGAUCUCUACGAGAAUGCUGACCGCCCGGUGUCGAACGAGGAGAAGGUCGGCGAAGGCAGCAUUACCUGGAGACAGAACUUCUCCGGCUGGUACUCCCUGUGGCGCGACGACAUUGUGAAGAGGGACGUUGAAUGGAUCCGGAAGGUGCACCCGACCGGACAUACCCUGGAGAGCUGGAUGAGGGAGCAGAACUACGGGGAAGAGCUGUGGCAGAAGAUGUCGCUUCUGAAGAACAAUGAGGAUGGAAAGGUCACGAAGCCGAACAAGGCCCGCGUUGAUGCGUUGUGAACAUAGUCUAAAUUGUACCUAGUAGGAUAUUGUAUCAGUAGCUAGUGACGACGUACCUUAUGAGCAUUGUAAUGAUGAUACGCGAC